AUGAAGGCCUCGACUCUGCAGCUGGCCUUACCCAACGCUUCCCGGUUUCCAGAGCCCAGCCCUAGGGCCAGCCGGCUGCUACUCCGAGCGAUUGAGCUUGAAUUCCUCCCCGUCUGCCGCCUUUCCCCACGCUGUGCCUUCUCUUCUGGACUUUACCCCACCACGCCCUUGUCCUUUCCGUCCCAGGACCCCAACGCAGACACCGAGUGGAAUGACAUCUUACGCAAAAAGGGCAUCCUGCCCCCGAAGGAAAGCCUGAAGGAACUGGAGAGGGAGGAGACAGAAAAGGAGGCGCAGCAGCUCCUCCAGCAGUCAGUGGUGAAAACAUAUGAAGCCAUGACGUUGGAGGAGCUGGAAGAGAACGAGGAUGAGUUCAGCGAGGAGGAUGAGCGUGCUAUCGAGCUGUACCGGCAGCAAAGGCUGGCUGAGUGGAAAGCAACUCAGCUGAAGAACAAAUUCGGAGAAGUUUUAGAGAUCUCAGGGAAGGAUUAUGUUCAAGAAGUUACCAAAGCCGGCGAGGGCUUAUGGGUGAUCUUACACCUGUACAAACAAGGGAUUCCCCUCUGUUCCUUGAUAAACCAGCACUUGAGUGGACUCGCCAGGAAGUUUCCCGAUGUGAAGUUUGUCAAAGCCAUCUCCACCACCUGCAUACCCAAUUACCCCGACAGGAACCUGCCCACAGUAUUCGUGUAUGUAGACGGUGACAUCAAGGCACAGUUCAUUGGUCCUCUGGUGUUCGGUGGCAUGAACCUGACAAGAGAUGAGUUGGAGUGGAAACUGUCUGAGUCAGGAGCAAUCAAGACCGAUCUGGAGGAGAACCCCAAGAAGCCCAUCGAAGACAGGCUGCUGUCCUCAGUGCGAGGCUCGGUCCCCAUGAGAAUGGACAGCGAUUCUGAGGGUGACUGAGACAGCAGCCACUGUAACUCUUGGAACUGUCUUGAUAUGACAUAUUGUCUGGAUUUUUAAUAAGGAGGAAGCAAAGCUUUAUCACAUUUUGGUUUUUAACCUUUUAAUAAUUAUUUACAUUUUAUACAUUUCAGAAAUAAUUAUCGCCGAAAAUUU